AUGGACAAGCUGAAGAACAUGCUGUGAGCUACUCCGCGCCGAAAACAGACCCCAUAUACGCUCCAGCUCAUUCGAUUGCAGCCAUUCUGGUGGUAAGAAACAUGACGAUGCCUCGUACGGCGACUCCGAUGCCAGGCGUGAGAGCGCCAGCAAGGCCACUCACCAACCAGCUCCAACUCUUCACGCUACCGAAGACGGCCGCAAGAACGACCACAGUAUCCUCCGCCAGGUCCUAAACCCGGGGGAUGACAAGGUACUUCGCUUGGUACCAAUUUGUCCAACAUCUCGUAACUGAUCGUUCUCCAGUACGAUGAACAGAGAUAUGGCGCGACUGCAACGACCCAACGGCCAGACCCAAACCACAUGCAGACUCACCCAGAACACGAGAAGGACCACACCAUCCUUGACCAGAUCUUGAACCCCAACAACGAGAAGUAUGCUUCUUCUGACGCCCUCGAUGGACGACACUCUGACUGUCUCUAACCUUCUAGGUACGACGAGCGCAUGUUCAACGAGACUGGGGCCACUGGAGGCGCUCGCAACGGUUCCGUCACAGCUCAUCCAGAACCUCAAACAUUCCCCCAAACCGCCCAACUCGAGACCAAACCGGGAGAGGAGAAGAAAGAGCACACCAUUCUCCGACAGAUAUUAAACCCGCAUGGCGACAAGUACGAUCAGCAGACGUUUGGUCAAAACGCUGCAGUAGAGGGAGGAUCCUCGCUCGCUGCAGGUCCGUCAGGAGGGCAGCCACAUAUGGCGGCAGGAGCGGUCGCGUGAGUUUACGAUAUCCAACGGCACACACCGUGUAAAAUGUGAACAUGGCUUGAAGAGUGAUCGACUUACGGAUUCCUCUUCUAGUGUCCACCCAGCUCAGAGAGACGCUCAGUCUUCUUACACCCAACCUAGCUCCGGCCUUGCAGGUACGCCACUCAGUGCGAAUGAUGCUGUAGAGAGUUGUUCGAGCGUGUAGUCGGGCAUUGAGGGCCCUUAUGCACACAAGGCUGAUGCUUCUGGACCAGGCACAGGAACAAGCAGCAUGCUUCCAAAUAGGUCUAUUGAGAGGUAUGGAUUGAGAUGCAAUAUUGCAAGGCUUUGCGGCUGACGAUAUAACAGAACAUUGGGAGAUGAUCCAUACCUUGGCCCUGCGACUACAACGACUACUACCACCACUACUACUACAAGUGGCCCUGAUACUCAACAAAGCCGAGUCGCACAGCCGUACGUUAUGUCCGACUCUAGGAGCGCUUAGACUCUAGGCUGACUUGGAAACUACAGACAAUCGACACAGGACUCGCAUCUGGGCCGCGACGCUGCAAUUGCUGGUGGUAUCGGUGCAGCUGGUGCUGGAGCAUACGGCGCUUCUCAGUACAAGACUCCGCAUCAGGAGAGACAAGAGUUUCCAGGCGCAGCGUCUCACGGUGCUGCUGGCAUAGCGCCGGAGGACCAGGGCGUAAAGACGUAUGUUGAGAGAUUUGCCUGUUGUCUGGAUAGAGUCGCUGAUUGAAACAGUGCAUACGAUGACAGCUCUCAUCUGGGCCGAAACACCGCCAUUGCUGGAGGACUUGCAGGGGCUGGAGCGGCAGGAGCAGGUGCAUAUGGCGCCUCUCAGCACAAUAGGCAAGAUGAGACCACUAAGGUCACAGACCGACCACAUCCUCUCGGCGGUAACCAACCUCACGCGCACGUCAAUCCGAUCAAUCCUCCUGAAGAUGCUGACCGUCUUGCCGCAUCUCAACCAGGGCAGUCUCACCUUGGACGUGACACUGCCAUUGCUGGCGGACUUGUCGGAGCCAGCGGCGCUGGAGCAUACGCUGGAGCUCAGCACAACAACCUCCACAAUGACCCCAAUACGAAGGUCACCGCCCGCCCUCACCCUCUCCACGGUCAUGGGACCGGGGCACAUAUCAACCCCGUGAGCGCUCCCGAGACGGCCGGAGCCGGCAGCACUCCGCAGCAUGACUCCCACCUAGGCCGCGACGCUGCUCUUGCAGGCGGCGCAGGUUUGGCUGGAGGUGCGGCUGCCUCUCAGCUCUCUGACCGUAAUCACCCGAUCGGAGGCACAGGCGCCGGAACCUACAGUUCCACUAAUGAUCGUGCUAUGGGACAAGGGCCAACUGAUGAUGCUCGUACCGCGACCGGAGCACUGCACUUUGGAACGGGACCAAGUUCCGCCCCAGUGGAGCAACUCAACCAAGCUCCAGCUGAUGUACAGAAUGCAACAUGUACGAAACCCAAGCUUGUUCUCAAAAGAAACUUGCUGACCCUUUACUAGACACUGCUCGUGCCUUUCCACUCGGUGGUCCUCAUCAAACUGACACCGCGAACGUACUAGACCCACACGUGCCGGGAGAGUAUCCGACCGAGGUACGUGGUGGACAAGGAUCCUGCGCUUUUCUCGCGACCAUACUAAUUGAUUUAUUUGCAGACUGGAGAAGAUCGCCACGCAGUGAACGAGCCCGGCUUGAGAUCUGGUGCAUUUGGUGGUUUCACGAGCUCCGCACAACCCCCUGGUCAAUAUUCUCAACACACUGAACGUGAUGCUGCUAUUGCCGGAGGCCUCGUUGGCGCUGGCGCUGGCGCGGGCGCUGAAGGUGCUGCAGCAUAUAGCAUGUCGAACAGAGGAGCUUCGGGACAAGCUCCUCCGCUAGCUUCAGCGGCCGCUACCGGACAUCCUGGCGGUCAAGGCUACCCGACUUCCGCCGGAGCCAGCGCAGGACCUGUCUAUUCCAUGACUGGCCAAUCUGGCAGUCAACACAACUACGCUCGUGACGCUGCACUCGCCGGAGGAACUGGCGCCGCUGGUGUCGGUGCCUACGAGCUUGGCAAGAAUCGUGAUGAUGGCACUUCUCCAGACACUGGUCGCCUCCAUGACCGUAAUGUCGCUGGCGUUGAUCCCUCAAUGCAAAGAGAGGCCGAGGCAUUGAAGCCUGGCAACGACAACCAACACCACUAUGGACGUGAUGCCGCGGUCGCGGGGGGCGCUGGCGCCGCAGGCGUAGGAGCGUAUGAGCUUGGCAAGAACUAUGAUGAUGGCACUUCUCCAGACACUGGUCGCCUCCAUGACCGCAAUGUUGCUGGCGUCGAUCCCUCAAUGCAAAGAGAGGCCGAGGCAUUGAAGCCUGGCAACGACAAUCAAAACUAUGGACGUGAUGCUGCCGUUGCUGGGGGCGCUGGCGCCGCAGGCGUAGGAGCGUAUGAGCUGGCCAAGGAUCGGAACGAGCCGUCGAAGCACACUGGACCACACGAGACCAGCGUCGCCAAUGCUUCUGAUCUGAAGUCUGUUAAUAAGCCCAACGAGCCUUCAAUUGCUGGUCAAGAUACCCAGCAACAGCACCACUAUGGUCGAGACGCUGCCGUUGCCGGAGGUGCAGGAGCUGCUGGUGCGGGAGCUUACGAGGCCGCAAAGCAAGGACCGCCACCAAGUAAUCUCGCAAAGGGAGGUGAUCCAACAGUCGACGCAUCCAAGCACCCCGCCGAGACCUGGGACCCCAAGAAGAUCGUGGAGAAGCAUAAAGAGAUCAGACAGGAACAGGACGACGCCGCUCAGAGGGCUGCACAGCGGACCGGAGAUAAAUCACAGGCAUCCUACGCUGAUAAGGCCCACGACGAUAAGCAUGAUGGAAAACUUCAGAAGCAGCAGAGGAAAGACGACGAAGACGACGAGAAGGAGAAGAAGCCUGGCUUGAUUUCUCGAAUUAUGCACCCUGGUCGGAAGGACCAUGAAGCAGGAGAUGAGAGGCCACAUGAGAGCAGCGGAAGCCAUAUCUCCGGAGACAACCGUGUUUCCGAAGACGAUAAGGGCCAUCACAGGCUCCACAAGAAGAGUGUUGAACAGCAGCACGGAACCGAUGGCUCUCAGCAGAUGAGCGGGUACCAUCCUCACGAAACGGGCCAAGGCUCUGGAGAGCAAGGAGUUGCUGGACCGGAUUGGGAUGCGAUCAAGAAGUCGAACACGUCCGAUUAG